UUGAUUUUUGCACAUCCCAAAUAUGCCUCCAGAGUUGUCUGUUUCACUGAAAACUUCGGAUAUGAAUAAUGACCGACAGACAUGGAUUUGAGCAACGGCUUCGAUAAUGUUCCCGUUUUAUUUGAUCAGAGUUCAGCUGGAACGACGUCGCCUGACUUUGAGUAUUCUACAGAUAAUGUUCAGGGACCAGGAUGCAGCAUUGACCCCAGUGAGGUGACCCUUCCUGGAUGCUCCUGCCUCUCCCGCUCCUGCCUCCCGGAGAGCUGCUCCUGCCUGCAGGCACAUGGGCAGGUGUACGACAGCACCGGCAGACUGCUGCACGUCAGCGGGACAGGCUCUGGCUACUGCUCGCCCAUGUUUGAGUGCAACGCCCUUUGCACCUGCAGUGAUGCCUGCUGUAACCGGGUGGUGCAGAGAGGGCUGACACUCAGGCUGGAGGUGUUCCGCACUCAGAACAGGGGCUGGGGAGUACGGACACUCGAAGCAAUCCCAUGUGGGACAUUUGUGUGCGAGUAUGCAGGAGAGGUGAUCAGCCUUGAGGAGGCCAGUCGCAGACAGCUCGCCCAAAAAUCUGAGGACAAUAACUACAUCAUUGCAGUAAGGGAGCACGCAGGUACGGGCGCCACCACUGAGACGUUUGUGGACCCCGCCGCCGUGGGAAACGUAGGCCGCUUUCUUAACCACUCCUGUGAGCCCAGCCUUAUCAUGCAGCCGGUCCGAGUGCACUCGGUGGUUCCCAGGCUGGCUCUGUUUGCAGGGCGGGACAUCGAUGUACAUGAGGAGCUGACGUUUGACUACUCAGGAGGAUACAGCAACCAGCCUCCUGCAGAGCUGCUGUCCUCUCAGAGUGACGCCAAGCUGCAGGCCAGCAGGACAGACGCGCUCCAGAGGAAAGAGUGCCACUGUGGGGCCAAAAACUGUGCUCAGUUCCUUCCACUGGAUUUAUCUAUUAUCAGCUGAGGUUAUUAGAAACGUGGAUCAACAUCAGUUUUCUUGUGCUGCGUUCAAAUGCCUUGCGCAAACUAUUUAACCCUUUGAAACCUGAGCAAG